ACAAAGCUCAUUCCUUGAACUUUAGUUUAAAGAAGUGUAUGUAAUGAUGCAGGUUUAUCUGAUCACGUUUCUGCUCGUGGCACCAACACUCGCUUUCCCAGUGGAAGAGACACAGAACGCUGUCCAGGAUGUGACUAAAGCAAAGAAACUUUCCACGGAAGAUGAAGUGUCCAAUUAUGUUCCCAUUAUCCCCGUAAGCCAGAAAGUGCUUCCAGAAGAUGCGAACACUUUGCUAGCUGUCGAAGAAGAUGGUGUUAUUCCAUACAGUGUUGAAUUUCGUCCAGUUGCCCUACCUACGAGCUUUGAAAGUUACGAUAAAGAUAACAAUGGAUACAUUGAUCUUACUGAAUUGGCUCAAGUUUCAGAAACUUCAGAAGAACAGGCAACUCAACCGUUUUUCGAUGCGGAUCGAGAUCACGACGGUUUAGUAAACCCACUUGAAUUCCAGCAUGCUCCAUGGAAUUUUCAAGGAGAACCAUUUGUCACAGAGGAAGAUCAGUUAGAUGAAAAAGGAGUAGGUGAAGACUUAAUACCAGAAGGAGUGAUUGAUGGGUCUUAUUUUGAUAAGUCUAGCUUAUCUUCUAGUGAAUAUCUUGAUAACCAAACUAAUCACGAAGAGGAAUCCCUACUUCUUAAUGGUGAGGGUGAAAAUGAAGGACCUGAGAUUAGAAAAAACGAGGACUUACAUUAUCAGAACGAAGACAAUGUUUAUGAAUUAGUUCCAAAACAUCUACUAUAUAUUACAGAUGAAGUUAGGUCAGAAAAUUGGGAGGACAUAGGGGAUGAAUACCACAAUAUUUCUUCAGUGACUUAUGGAAAUGAUCAAUGGGGAGAAUUUUUAAAGCCUCAUGAAGGUAAAGAGUUCGUAGAUGAUGAGUUAUCUCCUAUAAAUGACGAAAAUAUCUUUUCUACCGAAGAAGACGGGCCUGCUUUAGAAUAAUAAAAAAACUCGCCCAGAAGAAUGGCUGAUGCGACUGUUGUUCCGGUAGAUUUGCAGAUAGAGAACAACUUAGAUGAUUUACUGUAGAUAGGCUUGCACGUAUACCCAACAUUGAACGCCGUUGAAAACUAGACGUUAAACUGCUAAGCAAUAAGUGUUCUGUUUAUGUUACAUGUGUUUGUAUUAAUAUUUUUUAUUCUAAUGUUGAAGCAAUUUUAUAAAAACCAAUGACUUUCACUUUUUUGUUUUGUUCGUUAUAAUAUGUAUACAGAAUUCGACCUUAGCCUUAGUAAUAUUGUAUUAAAUACCAAGUUUUAUUGUUUAUAAGUAACUCGUGCUACACACGGCUACAGUCAAACACUUUACAAAAAAUUACUUUCGAAGUGCUUAAGAAUUAAAUGUAAGUUUUAAUUUUAUUAAAUUCAUUAUUAUAAGUAAUUAAAGAAAAGAGAGCUUUUUUAUAUAUAGUUUUAUAACACAUAAAUACACAAGUUGAAAAUCAAAUGCUUAGUUCCAGAAGAUUUAAAUUUUGAUAGUUGUAAUCCUUGUUUCGAAAAUACUCUUUAUUGUGAGGUUGGAUUUAAAUCUUGUAUGUAGACAUUAACAUCAAGAAAUUCUGGUUUAACUAGAAAAUACGAAAAUAAAACAAAUAUAUAUUUUUCUGA